AUGCGUGCUGCACUGUUUGCUGCGGCGCUCGGUCACUGUUGCUUCAUCCGUGCCGAGGCUGAGGUUCUCAGCCCCGCCUUGCCGACAAAGCCCACAAAUCUCAUCGAGCUUCCUGCGUGGCAGCCUGUGAAUUUGGAGGGCGCAAAUGAUGCGGCAAAUCAGACUGGAAUUGUGCUGCCUGGCAAGCCCAGUUUGGAGGGCCUGAGCCGGCCACAGGUAAGGCUGGUCAUGCUGCUCAUCUUUGCAGCCUUACUUGGAGCAUGUGCAUGGGUGGCAUACCUGAGCAUCCAGGGCAGCGAUGCUUUCUCGGAUGUAAAUCUGAGCAGCCAGAUGUGCUACCAAUCUCGUGGGCUGAUCUCGUGGGUCUCGUUGAUUUGCUUGGAGCACACUAUCUGGCGAAGCUCAACCUUGUGGUCCAUGGCCCUCAGAUUCUGGGCGUGGAGCCUCUUUGUAGCCGUGGCUGAGUUCACAGUCGCAGCAGAUCCCAGCUCCAUCGACCCGCUGCAGUUCACAGAGAUUACAACAGUUAUGACUGUUUUUGUGUCGCUGAUGCUCGGCUUCUUCAUUACAAACUCUGUCAAGCGUUGGACUUCCUGCGUGGAAGCAUUUCUCUCCUUGUUCGAGGCAAUCCGUGCACUGCAGAUGCAGUUACAUGCUCUUGGCGUUGAGAGCAAGAGGAUUGAUGUCCCCGUGCGUUACGGCAUCCUUUCGGCAUGGUUCAUAGAGCGGAUCCUACGUGUAGAGCAGCUGAAGGAGGACGAGCGGGAGGAGGCACGCGAUGAGGUCUUCGAGGAGCUCAGCAAGAUGACGAAGCCAUUGCAGCAUGCAACUGAUGUGGAGUUCGAGGCGCUGCAGGGCAUGAGCGAUCCUGCCCUGCAGAUUUGGGUCUGGGCAGCAUCCUACCUCGGUCGACUUGCACAGGAAGGAGAUAUACCACCAAUGGCCUCACCGAUCUAUGGUCGCCUUCUGCAGCUGGUGAAGACGGCCCAAGACGCCCUGAAAAACAUCAGGAUGGUCAGUGAGAUCCAGGUGCCAUAUGUCUACAUGCACACUCUGGCAGCUGUUGUGCAUGUUAGUAAUAUCCUUUGCGCUACAAGCUUCGGGCUCACUCUAGGAAGCUGUUUGGGCUCACUCCUUGUCCACCUGGACCCGCGCUUGACACUGUAUGGUGUCACUCCAAAUCCAGGGCAUUCUGCUUCCACAGAUCUUCAAGUUCUCCUCAUUCAGUUUAUGAAAUGCUUCUGUGCUCCAUUGCUCUACCAAGCGUUUCUGGAAAUAGGUGGCAAAAUCCGUUGCUGUCUUUCUGCGGCUGACCUUAACCCUUCAACAACCCUAAACCCUAAACCCUAA